AUGGAGCAAGCUAAUGAAAAACAAGAAACUCUUAGUAGAACAUAUGAACUUUCUGAGAAUAUUGGUGAAGAAUUGGAAGCAGAGGAAGAACCGUCAUAUUUACAAAAAACGCCAGAAUUACUAAAUACAGGAGUGGAGUUGGAUGGAAGCCCUGGUUUGUCAGAAACAUCAUUUAAAAAUGUAGCUUAA